UGCAGCUCUGAUACUGGCUGCAGCCAGCAACACAAGAGCAGCAAGUUGCAUCCGUGCAAGAGGAUCCGUUGAAUUUGCAGGCGUGUUUCAGUGUUAAGUUUCCACUGGGUUAUUAGUAACAAAGCUUUAUAGAUGGAUUCUCACAAAGAAGCCCAGCCGAAAGGAGACUUUGAAUGCCAACUAUGUGGGCUAACAGCCCCAUACAGCUAUUAUGGGCAGAAACCGCCAAACACUCGUUCUGUUGUCCUCCUGGAAGAAAGCUAUGUCAUGAAAGAUCCUUUCGUCCCCGACAAGGACAAAUUCCUUAUCCUUGGAUCUCAGUGCAGUUUGUGUAAUAGACGUGUGUGUGUGGGCACAGAAUGUAGUCUAUUCUACACAAAAAGGUUCUGCCUCCCCUGCGUUAAUGAAAACCUACAGGGGUUUCCUUUGGAAAUACGACAAGACUUGGAUAAAAGGAAGUCUCAUUCAAAAUCCCACCCCUCCAAAAAAGCAGAUGCAAGAAGUUAAAUUAAAAGCAACUGGAAGAGACACUGCUCAGAGUAUCAGACAAAGAGGCACCAGGAAGACCAAGGUUUAUGAAAGACUGAAGGAAAAUGAGAUGGUUUCAUUCAGCAGAUAAGGUGAGAGUGGACAAAACAAAAAAGUCUCCUUAACUACCAGGCAGCAAGGAAGUAAUGGUUAGGGCUCCAAACAGAGCAGGUAUUCAUAAUGGCUGAUGGUCAAAGACUUAAUUAUGGGGACUAUUAUUAGUCAAACACAAGGCAUGCAGCUGAAAGUGAGUCAGUUGCAUCACAUCCCCAUACAGAAUAAGCAUUCUGAAGGUUUGAGUUCUGAGGAACAAAUACUUUAAUCUAAGCUUUAUAAACAGUUGUAACUCCAUAUGCAUAUCAUCUACCUGCUGAGUCAAUUCUAGCAUUGCAUUGAAGUCUCUCUCUCUAGAAAGUGCUGUCCUUGCUCAACCAUCCUGGCAAUAAAACAUCACAUUUUAUCCCAAAUGGCAAAACCAAAAAUUCAUCAUUCACUGUAAUAGUUUUUCAUUCUGGGCCAAACCCUACCUCCCUUUCAAUGGAAGCACAGCAACUUAAAGUCAGUGGAAUCACUGCGAUUCUUCUGUACUGCACACAUUCUGGACAGCACUGAAACUUCACUCCACAUUGGAUUCCUCCAAAGCAGCGCAGACUAGUGGCUGGUGGUAGGAAUGGUGGGGGAUGGGCAAGGGUAUAGCCAGUGUUACAACAAUUAUGUGGCUCCACCAGUCUAAUCACCUGCAUGGAAAAAAGUGGGUAUAAUGGGUGCUGCUCAAUAGGAUAAGAAUGCUGCUCUCCCUGACUCCCAUGGACAUUUACCUGAGCAAGGUUUGUUUAUUUAAGGCCUGUGCAAAGGUCCAGAAUUUGAACCUAUAUGAAAGUUGGAAACAAACAGGGACAGUGUACUGGAAAUGUAAUAAACCCAGAACAAGUCUGAAUUACAUUUCCAGAAGGACAGAUAAUAAUAGGAAGUUGAAAUAUUUUAAAAGAUCCAGAGUAUUUAGGUCCAUACUUAACUUGAGAAGUCAAAUACUGGCAACUCUUAUGGUUUCAUUAUGAGUCUCGCAAUAUUUGAUAUUUUAUUUAAAGCCCCAUCUUCCGGAAAGAAAUGAUUAUGUGAGAAUCUCAGCCUUCAUUUAAGUUUCUAUCCCUCAUUCUUGGGAGUAAAGUUUGAAAAUGUGACCUAGAAGCCCCUAAAACACCUCUCGCUCCAAAAUCCAAGACAUCAGUGAUAUAUCUUAUAGUUUUUAAGCCAACCUCAUAAUUUUUUAGCAUCUGAUUCAUGAUUUUUGAACUUUGCAGUUGGCAAUGGGAAACAUUUUUAAUAGCAGAAAGUACCAUUGCUGAAAUCCUCUCAUUUUUCUCAAGCGUCACAGUGUACUGCAAUAAUACAUAAAAGCAGAUCAUUUCUCAAUCCACUAUUUUCUGAUAAAACUUGAAAAUCCAUUAUCAAAUUGAAUAGAUAAGGUAGGGGUCCUAUAUCCAUAUUUUUCACUGCUGCUGGUUGUGAAAAAAGAAAAAAUGGUGGAUGGGAAAGGUAGCUGUAUGCCAUCAUUUUGUGUAUAUGCAUUCUUUAUUUUUCCCCUUCCCCAGACCCAGGCACCAGUUUGAACUGUGUGUGCCUAAGAAGUUACAUAAGUACAGAAACUGGAAUAGAUUCUAAGCACACUGAUGGAAGUACAGAUACUUUGUUUUUAACACUUGCAAUGUGUAAGCUGAAAAAAAAAAUCACUCUAAUCUCACUCAAUAUGUAAGGCUCAAAUGACCAAAAGCCUAGCUGUACCAACAAGUCUCUAGCAGAAACAAGUUCUACGAUGAAAACAGAGAUCGCUGUUCUGUGAUUUAUCAAGCCUUACUCCCAAGUUGAUUCUGUUAGUGAAGGUUUAUGAUUCUGAGGCCUUGAAACCAGGCUACAAUAAAGCAGGCAUGAAAACUGACCCUUUUUCAGCCACAGAAAGUAUUACUAUGAAAAUAUUGUCAAAAUUGGCUGUCAAGAUCAUUGUUUUAACACCCCAUAAAAAAAGAUCAAUAGAGAAACUCUCAGGGUAAAAAGGAAAAGAAAGAUAAGACAGCAGAAGGAGACUGUCUUUAAUUAUUAAAUGUUACUCCCAAAAGAAACUCAUGGCUAGCAGUUUUCAUUCUUUAUACAGUAGUCUCUGAAAAGUGGCAUGAUGGAGUUCCAUGUCUAUGUUUCAAUGAUUUUCAGAUUAAAUGUGCUCAGUUUACUGUAACAUGAUUGUUCUAACUGCCAGUCCUGCAGACAACAUGGACAAACUCAAGCUGUGUUAUUCUGGCUUAUAUCACCAGUAAGAACUACACUGUGGCUCAGAUUCUGCCCUCAAUUACAUGAAACGAUUUUCUCCAAGCUGUGCCCUCCUCCUUUACAACUGUGCAAUCAGCAUCUACAAAUUCUGCUUUCUGUACAUGUUGUCUCCAGUGUGGUAGAGUAAAAGGAGGGCAGAAUAUAGUGUGUUUGGAAUUUAGUUAAUAGUUCUGUUGACAAUGUAUAAGGAGGAACAGAAGGCAUUUCACUCAGCUGGAUUGGCAGAGAAUGUAAAUUAAUAUUUUUAUCAGAACAGUAAAUAUGUAUGACUUUGAAUACAUAUUGGGUGCAGAUCUGUUAAGAAUAAAGGGGCCAUGUUUAUACAAACAUUUUUCAAAGUAGACCACCACCUGAAGCUAUUGUAUUCUGAAGAUCUGGAAUUCAGCUUCCUUGGGGCAAGAAUCAGACUUCUGAGUGACUCUUCAAGUCCUGCUAAUUCAAAAUGGCAUUUAAAGUAAAAAUUUCAUCUUCAGCAAUUAAGACUUCUCCAAGAUGCACACAAUAUAUUACAUCUCCACCCAAAAGGGACUUUCGCCUAGUUUCAUUAGAACACUUUUGAAAAAGCAUUCCCCCAUUAUAAAGUACAAUUCACUAACAAGCAUCUUGCUAAGAUAUCUUUGACGUAUUUUAUAGUCUUACAGUUUAAAGCCAGAAAGGACCACUAGAUCAACUAGUCUGACCUCCUGUAUAUCAGAGAACACCAGCACGACCCAGGAUCCACACACUGAUACUUUGGUUGGUCUAAUUUUGAUCAUCGGGUAUUACCUCCCGUGGGAGACUAGACUAUUACGUGCCAUAGGCAGAGAAUAGAAGGGACCAAGGUGCACCAGUGCCCAAGGCUCCCGCAGUGGCAGGGAACUGAUUAUGUGAGUUACACUAUGAUAAUCCUUUAAUUUCUUUUUAAAGACUCUUUUUAAAAGGCUAAUCCUAAAGUUACUUAAGUAGUACCAUUCCUCUCAUAAUUCAGACAGCAACAAAGUAAAUAUCUUUCAAAUAAAUAUACCUGUGCAUGUAUAGUUAUACCCAGCCACUUGAUACAUCUAGCCUGACUAUUGUUUGAGAAAAAAUUUGAAAGUGCUAGUUGGUUCUCAAUAAUGAACAGGAAAGUAUUUAAACCAAGAGUACAUAAUCUAUAGACGAUAGUGCACAUAUACUGAACAAAUUUUGCCCUAUCUGGUAAAUUAAUGCUUAAUGACUAGCCCAAUGCAGAAUAUAAUUUUGAUCAAUCAAGGUCUAUUUGUUAGUUAACAGAUUCAGAUUUGUUAAAAACCAUCUACUUGUUCAGUACAUACACAUUCUCGCUAACCCUCAAAUUUCAAACUAACCAAAGCUGCUUAUGAGCAAAUUCAUGAGCACUACGUAAUUUCUAUAAAGUACUUAAAGAACCCACGACAAAAGAAGUGUGACAUUCCAGUUAUCUACAAUUUAGAUUUUUCAUGUUCUGGAAUUCAGCACAGCAGAUAACUGUACAAUGUAAUUUUUCUCCCAUCUAUUAUUAAUAUUGCUCUUGGUUUUAAAUAC